UUAUGUCAAUCAGGCAUGAUCUUGAAGAACCAAACCAUAAAUGCAGAAAGUGGAGGCCCCCGCGUCGCCCCCGCUUGGGCGGCGCUAACCGUCGUCUCCUCCUCUUCCUCCCCUCUCUACCUCGCCGCCGUCGGAGCUAGCCGGCGGGUUGUUCGCCCGGCUCGUGAGGAAGGCGGCGGUGGGGCGUUUCGGCGUGUCGUGGCUCGCGGCGGCGGUGGCCUGUGCUCGCGCGCACGCCAACGGCGGUGGCAUUGCUGUGCUCCAACGCGUGGCCGACCGGUUUGGUAAGCAUGGCGGUGGUGGUGACGAACAACAGGGCGAGAGCGGAGCUGGCGUGGCUGCAGUGGCGGGAGCAGGUGCCCCGGAGUUAGCUGAUGGCUUGCUCGCGGCGGCGGUGUGGCUCACGCGCCUGCUCUUCCGUCGAGUAGUGGCAUCCCCGGCAAUCGCUCUUGAGGCUGGCUCGCGGCGCCGCUCGCGUGUUCGCUGCGUGCGCGGCAACACACGCGGGGAGGAGUGGGCUAUGUGGGCUUUGGUCGGCGGCGGAUCUGGCAUUGUCGGCGGAUCUAGGCCCCAUCGGCCUAGAUAUGGCCCACCCUCAACUGAUCUACGCCUUGGCGAUGGUUGUCAUUGCGGGGUGCAUGUUGGUGCGCAACGGAGGCGGUGCGCCCGGCGACAGCUGGUUUCGAUGUCGCGGGUGCCAGGGCCAGUGGCGGUAGCUCAAGCUGGUUUCAGCUCUGGCGAGUGGGCAGUGUGGCGCACAAGGCAAGGUGUUCCCUGGUUCCAUGUGCCCAACCGGAAGGGAUGGCAGCCGGCGCAGCUUUGCGGCUGCUGCGGCAGCCGGCACGGUGCCCCUCUGGAGGGGUGUGUGCGGAGGCAAGGGCGGUGGCGACGACAGAGGCUGCAUGCUUUGACCUAGGGUCCUGGACUAGCGAUGAGAUGGAGGGCAUCUUGGACGAAAGCUUCGGCGACAGUGACGCCUGUGUGCGCCACUUCACUCUGUUGAGGGCGACGCAUUGCUAUGUCUUCCAUGGGCGAAAGCCCGAUCCAUCUGGAAUGUGACGGUGGCGUCCUGGAUGUCACUCCCUUCCUAAAGGCGUCACGUUUGAGUCCGUCUUGGCCUCGACGUUGCCUUCGGUUGAUGCUUUCGCUUCUCGACGUCUGGAUUGCGGGUCGAGGUGGGAUUUUUUGAAACAUGAAGUCGAAGCUGCCACAUUAGGAGAUGUGGCUCGUUAACGAUGACAUGAGGCGAACCUCCUUCUUCGUGGUUUGGAUUGUUUUGGAGGUCGAGCAAAAAACUGGAGGUGGGUGUUGGAUCAAGAUAGUUGGUGAAGAAUCGGAGCUGCCUCGAGUGUGGGUGUGUUGAGGCUUAGCAACGAUGGCGUGUCACGGUCUUCCUCCUUCUGUGCCAGGUUUUAGGUGUAGGUGCCUUCGUGUUUCUUUUGACCGUGUGCGGCCCGUCUGGUGAAGUUGGAGCUGCCCGUACCUUGUGUUGAGCUCGGCAACGGUGACUCUGUAUGGGCUUUGUGUGUGGGGUUGCCGCUGCUUAUGUUGUUUGGGCACUCUGUGUUCCAUGUUUUUGGAAUUGGAACAAGGUCACUUGGGUUCAACAUCAGGGUACAAGUUAAGAAAGGUUCAUCUGUAUCGGAGGUUGUUGUUGGUCCAGAGAAUAGAACUGUUGUUUCUAAAGACAACUUUCUGAGAGUGAAUCUCAUUGGUGAUUUUGGUGGUUAUACCAGCAUCCCAGCAUUUGAGGACUUCUAUCUUGUGACCCCUAGGAAGAGUGCUGGUAGUGGUGAGCCACAAAACCUUGGUGCUGAAUAUAGAAAGUGGAUGCUGUUGGAGAGAGUUCGUUUUACAGACGGUGUCGAAUGUAACAAGAUUGGUGUUGGUUAUGAGGCUUUCCAAAACCAACCUAACUUUUGUGCAUCGCCAUUUGAGAGCUGUUUGAACAAUCAGCUAUGGACCUUUUUGGAGUCUGACAAAAACCGGAUAAGCAUGAGCCGACAGCCCCAAUAUGUUGUGCAGGGAAGGUUUCAGAGGAUCAAUCAACAUCCAGAUGCAAGUGUUCAUUCUUUUUCUAUUGGAGUGACAGAAGUUAUUAAUAGCAAUUUACGGAUAGAGCUGAGUGCUGAUGACAUAGAAUACAUGUAUCAGAGGAGUCCAGGGAAUAUAACAGACAUUAGUGUUCCAGCAUUUGAAGUCUUAAGUCAAUAUGGUACUGCAAAGGUCACAACUAAGAAUAUUGGUACACUGGAGGCUUCGUAUACCUUGACAUUUCACUGCUCAAGUGGCAUCAGUUUUAUGGAGGAGCAGUACUAUAUCCUCAAACCGAAUGAAGAGAGUACCCGUUUAUUUUACUUGCACGCAUCUACAGAUCAAGCAGCAAAGUAUCAAUGUACAGCUAUUCUGAAGGCGUCGGAUUCUAGUGAACUCGACAGACAAGAAUGUGUUUUUUCUACUACGGCUACAGUUCUUGAUAAUGGAACACAGAUUAUCGGUUCAAAUGGCUACAAAUUGGGUUUCUUUGACACCAUCAAAGGCUAUUUGGUUAGCUUCUGGGAUUUUCUGAUUGAUUUAAUCAGUGGCAAAUCCUGCAGGCUGAACAAAUGUCGGAGCUUUUUUGACUUCAGCUGCCAUGCGCAGUACAGAUGCAUAACCUGGCUCGUCAUGUUGGUGCUGCUACUUUUUAUGUUACCCGCAGGCGCAAUUGUCCUGUAUCUUCUUCAUCAGAAAGGCUUCUUCGACCCAGUAUACGACUGGUGGGAUGACCUGCUGGGGGCGGACUACCGCGCGCACCGGAGGCACAAGAAAGGCCGCCGCCACCACCAUCACCACCACGACCACCAUCACCACCGGCACCACCACCACCACGGGCACUCGCACGGCCAUGACCACCACCCCCACAGUCACCACCACGCGCACCAGAGGAGAAAGAUCGAGCCCAGCCACCACCACGUCCUACACAGGCAGCAGCCCGGGACAGCGGCAGAAGGCCACCGGCACAAGCACGACCCGGCGCUCGGCGUGCAGCACAGGGAGGCCGGGCACUUGGGGCACAAGCGUCGGCAUGGCAAAGCGGUGGUCGCGGAGGACGCCCUGGACCUGGAGUUCAGGGAACGAAGGCCAUACGAGGUCAGGCAUGCCGGGCACCUGCACCGCGACCACCACCACCACCACCACUCCUGGGAAGUGUAGGAAUAGUUCUGACCGUCUGAACUUUAAGACAUCUAGCGUAAGAUGAAGUUGGUGUACCGUGGGCACGGGACAUGCCCUUUUGCAUGCAUGCAGUGAGUUAGUGGGUGUUUAAUUUCUAGUAAACUAAUUUGUAUCGCUUCAUUUUAUUUCAUUUUAGUCUUUAAUUUGCUUAA